AUGGAAAAGAACAUCUGCAAUCGGCAACGAAGGAGAAAAGAAGUCGUCUACGACGAUUGCGUACUCGAGGACUCCCUGUCCCAAGGUGACUGGCACAUCGAGGAGGACCCAAACGUGGACUACGAGAUGCUGCUCAGAGGAUUACGAGCCUGUGCUGAACGUGCCUCGAAGUCGCGCACGACAAACUUGGAUCGAAUUUCGAAGGCCACCAAGGAAUUGUUAGGAAGAAGAAGGGCUUUGAGGCUUGAUCCGAAUGCAUCGCACAUUGAACGGUUAGUAGCAAACACUAGCUGCAGAAAAGAGUUGCAGGAGGAUCUCUUGAAGUACAGGCAGAAGAAGAUUCUAGAAGCAGCACAAAGAAGAACGAAUCUAAAGAAGUGCCGCAGGGAUCUCCGCGAAUAUAAUAUUCCGCUAGCAACCUUGCUGAGCGAAGACGGGACUCGCACGUCUUCUCGUCAUAAGAUGGAAAUCAUUACGGAGAGGUUCUACUCGAUCCUUUUCCGUUCAUCAACUCCUGUGUCAAGCCCAAUCAUCCCCACUGGCGAAGCUCCACCACGGAUUCUCCCUUCGGAAGUACGAGUCGCUAUCAAGAGCAUGAAAUCUGGCACAACUCCCGGACCUGAUUUUAUAUCAGCAGACUUUCUUCGGGCUGCUGGCCAUCCGCUUCAUGUAAUCUUAGCAGUGCACAUGACAUCCUAUCUUCAGAAGGAAAGGAUCCCAGUGGAAGUUCUCGCAAACCGUUCUUAUCCAUAA